GGGGCGGGCCCAGCCCCGGGGCACGGGCUCUGACAUGGAAACUCCUUUCUGCUCUUUGUAGGGGGCUUUUUCUCCACCAUCUUUUCCAGCUUGUUUGGAACUCGAGAGAUGAGGAUUCUCAUCCUGGGGCUGGACGGAGCAGGAAAAACAACCAUUCUCUACCGGUUACAAGUUGGAGAAGUUGUCACCACCAUUCCAACCAUUGGCUUCAAUGUUGAGACAGUGACAUACAAGAAUCUGAAAUUUCAAGUCUGGGACUUGGGAGGACAGACAAGCAUAAGGCCCUACUGGAGGUGUUACUAUUCCAACACAGAUGCAGUCAUUUAUGUAGUGGACAGCUGUGACCGAGACAGAAUUGGCACUUCAAAAUCAGAGCUUGUUGCUAUGUUAGAGGAAGAAGAGCUGAAGAAAGCCAUUUUGGUGGUGUUUGCAAACAAGCAGGACAUGGAACAGGCCAUGACUCCCACAGAAAUGGCAAACGCACUGGGCUUACCGGCUCUGAAGGACCGAAAAUGGCAGAUAUUCAAAACCUCUGCAACUAAAGGCACAGGGCUUGAUGAAGCAAUGGAAUGGUUGGUGGAGGCCUUGAAGAGCAGGCAGUGAUUCAGAGCUGAGCACUGCAAAGAAGUUUCAGCUAUGUCCAGCACCCCUCUUGCUGCAGUCAAGUAUUUCAGGCCACAAACCCUUGUAAAUAGAGCAGAUUUGCGUUUGCCUCCUGUAAUGUGGAAGCCUCUCUUGAGUUGUAAAACUGAACACCUGUGUACAUUAUGGUAGUCCAUUCCUUUCUUUCUGUUUAAAGGAUGUACUUAUGUUAAUUUGUAUGAAAGUCUUACUGGCUGGGAAAGUGUUUUUUUGUGUUUGCCCUCCCUCUACCCCCUUGGGUGCUUUUAAGUUUGAGUGGCUCCUAUAUUUGUGUAAUUAAAACACUAAUAAAAUCUGGAACUGUCAACU